GCAGCCCUUGCGUUCGGUCACUAACUGAGGACCGCCAUUUUUUCCGGGACUGUGUAAGAAGGAGAAGAACCAUGGCACACCAGCUGAUGCGUGCAGUCCCCCGGCUGGUGGCACGGAGAGCGUUCUCUACCUCGUUAGCCCGGGCUGGUGGUGGUGGUGGAGGCAUGCCGGCAUGGCAGAUCAACCCAAGAAAUGUUUAUGAGGAUCGGCCAGACUUCCCCAUGCCCAAUGUCCCAUACGUGAGUGAGCUCACCGACGCUCAGAAGGCACUGAAGACAAAGGAGGCCGGCGACUGGAACAGUCUAUCAGACGAAGAGCUCAAGCAGUUGUACCGCCUCAAAUUCCACAAGAGUCUGGCUGAGAUUGAGGCGCCGACCGGAGAGUGGAAGACAGUGGUUGGCGGCACGAGCCUCAUCAUUGCUCUCACGCUCGUUCUGUAUAUCAUCCAGAAGAAGUAUGCUAUGCCUGAGAUGCCCUCCACGUGUAACUAUGAGUGGCAGGAGGCCAUGAUGAAGAGGCAGCUACAGAUGCGCAACAACCCUGUAGAAGGCCUAGCGUCCAAGUGGGACUACGAGAACAACAAGUGGAAAUGAACCACCCAUAUCACAGUCUAGCCCCACCUCUGGUGUACAACAACCCCAUAGAGCCUUAUGUCUGAAAAUUGUAUUAUCUGUUGACAGAAAACAGUGCAUUAGGGAAUAGGGACAAGUCAGGAUCAUGACAGUGGUUGUUUUGCAGGCUGCUUGUCUCCCAGAUUGUUUGGAUUGGAAUGCUUACAGUGUGUUGAUCAUCUUGAAGCCCUUUUGGUUGCUGCUGUUGAUUACCGGUAACUGUCCCUGACAGCGUCACGGUUCACUCAGAUGGUGUUAGAGGACAGACUUAUCACUUGGGGUGUAUUCCUGUCUUACCAUGUAUGAUAUUCCUAUGAUUGUGAAUUAUAGGCACAAAUAUGAGUUCCAAUAAACUUCUAUUUCUCCCCUU